AUGAUGCCGUACAACAAAACCGUCAUUGUUCGCGAGAGCUUUUUGUCUGCUCCCAAUGCUCAGCCUACGGUGGAAGCAAGCACUACCAACAACAAUAAGCGUGGUGCGGGCGACCUUUCUGGAUCGCUAUCGUUUGAUGCUGCUGGUCCCUUCGGUCGCAAGGGUGCCAUGCUGGCGCAGGCGGGCGAUAAGCCUUGGGUUUGCACGUGGCCAGAUACGAUUCUUGAAAUUUUCAUCUACCCAAACCAAAACACGAGCAUGUACAGACUCAGUCUGUCUUCGACAUAUACUCCGUCAACGACCACGCCGACGCCGACUCAAAUGAGCCCUAGCUCUACCGGUGCAACUGCAGAUGGUGGUGCCGCUACGGCCACGGAGAGUAAUUCUUCGGCAACGUCUACGCCCCCACUAUUCCCAAAUGCUCCGCCUCCAUACCCACGUGUUGUGAAGAUGGAGGAGCGUCGCAUGGCAAACUCACCUCAGGCAACGUGCAUGCAGUACGAGCUCAAACUAGAAGGCACAAGCCUCAAGGCCGUUCCAAACCGGGAUGCCAGCGGGCAGCCCAUUCAAGUCACGAUUUCCGAAAUUGAAUCUGGCCCGUCUUUGUUUUCACAGGGAAAGAGGGACAUCAUGGGGGCCGGUGAGGUGUUUGACAAACGUGAUGAGUCUGGCUUAAGUAAAUGUGGUUGCCUCUGGAUGGUGACAUAA